AUGAUCGGCUCCAAGCUAACAUCCUCAGCACUGCUCGACCACUACAACAGCCCUCGCAAUGUCGGAUCGAUGGCCAAGGGCGACACGGACGUGGGUACCGGCCUGGUUGGCGCACCGGCGUGCGGCGACGUGAUGAAGCUGCAGAUCCGCGUUGACGCCAACAACAACACCAUCAGCGACGUCAAGUUCAAGACGUUUGGCUGCGGCUCCGCCAUCGCCAGCUCCAGCUACCUGACGGAGCUGGUGCGCGGCAUGACGCUUGAGCAGGCGGCUCGCAUCAAGAACACCGAGAUCGCCAAGGAGCUGUGCUUGCCACCCGUGAAGCUUCAUUGCAGCAUGCUCGCUGAGGAUGCCAUCAAGAGCGCGAUCCAAAACUAUUACUCGAAAAACCCCAAGGCACGCGCGACGGACCUCGGCGGCACCGGCGCCCCGCUUCCCAAGGUUGAGGUUGAGACCAUCACCGAGACUCCUAACACGGCCACUGCUGUGUAA